AUGCGGGUGGGCGCAGUGGUGUUGCUGAGCGCACAACAGGACGCGGGGCUUUUUGAGGCGUUAGAGGCGCACAUGGGCGCAGUUGCGGCGGCGGCACGCGCGGCGCUCAGUGCGCGCAGAGGCGCGCUGGACGCGUCGGUCGUUGACGCGUGCGUGUUUCUAGGGCAACGGAUGGUUGGCGAGGUGGCAGAUGCACGUGCCGUGAAGAAGGAGCAGUUCCUCACAUACAUAGAGGCGUUCUCAGAGAUCGCCGUCUGGGGCGAGCGACCAGUGCGGGAGGCGUCGUUCAGAGUGCUCUGCGGCGCACUGAGGCUGCACAAAGAAGAUACGCUGACAGAGUACAUCGAGAGGGCGAUAGACGCGCGCAAUGCGGGCGGAACAAGCGAAGCAGGCGAAUUAGAGUGUUCCGCAUAUGGAAGGGCGGGGAGGAGAGUGGUAGCUCUACGGGUGCUCAAGGGGGAGAUUGAGCGGCGUGGAGAGGACGAAGAGUUUAUGAGGUGGGCACAGGCAUUCGUAGCGGAAAAGGUCUUCCGGGCAGGAGCGGCAGAGGCAUUGGUAGAAAUCGAGGCGUUUAUGGAGGAAACAGAGUUUGCAAUGCAGGCGCUGAACCUGUAUAUAUUUCUGCAGAGGGGGAACAAGGUAGGCAUAGGCAGGGUGGUCAUCGGAGAAGAGGGUAACGGGGCAGAUGGGGAUGCGGCCGAGGGAGAGAAGGGAGAGCAUCGAGAGGGCGAAGAAGAGGUGGAUUGCCCCACUGAGGGGCGCAGCGCAGCUAUGGAUGGGGCGGCUGGAGCAGUGGGAGGCAGGGGCAUUGGUGGGUGA